AAAGCCAAUUUAUGACUGGCCAACAUGUGCACGUGAUCCCAUACAAAUACCCCAUAUUUGGGCAGCGCACGUCGGAUCAAGAAUUAAAAAAAAAGAUACCAAAGCCUACUCCACCUAUAAAUCGUGGAUUAUUUUUUUAGGGCAGACAGCUCUGAAUUUUCCAAAAGCGGCAACAAAGAAACGCAAUGAUCAACAAAAAUAAGGAAAUAGCCAACGCACUAUACGUCCCGCAGUGCUGUCUAGUUUAAAAAGAAAGUAUCGCUGGCAGUUUGCAAUGAGCUCUUAUGUUGACAGCUCCAGUCUCAGGCAAACAAGCGAGACAACUUCUCCUAACACUAUGUUUAGUUUCGAUCUAUCUGGGCGCAGGUCCAGCCGUUAUGAGGGUGUUAAUGUGAACGGGCUAUUUUCUUGUCCCGUCCCCACGACCUCUGUUCAGCGGGAGGAGAUGAAAACUAGCCUGCGUGGCAACACGGAUACUCCUUUCCCGUCAGGACCACAGAUAACCAUGGUCUCCAGUAGCUCGUCCGUGGACGCAAGCGGGCUCAGCUACGGCAGCAGCAAGCUGCUGGGACUAGGGGCAGAGAGAGACCCGGAGAGGAGCGCAAAAUCCGGCGGCAACAAGAGCCAGGAGAGCGACAGAAACGCGGAUAACACGCAAUCGGUGAAACGAAACAUUAACGUGAGCCAUCGUCAGGACAGUGAGCAGCAGCCACAGAUUUAUCCAUGGAUGACAAAACUGCACAUGAGCCACGAAUCGGAGGGUAAGCGGUCCAGGACCAGUUACACCCGCUACCAGACUCUGGAGCUGGAGAAAGAGUUUCACUUCAACCGGUACCUGAGCCGCCGCAGGCGCAUAGAGAUCGCCCACACUCUGUGUCUAAACGAGAGGCAGAUCAAAAUCUGGUUCCAGAACAGACGAAUGAAGUGGAAGAAGGACUCAAAGAUCAAAGUGAAGGAAUAAAAGUACGCCAGAGAGCCUGGGUGCAUGCAGCACGUUUUCAGCCCCACUCUGCACAGUGCUGGAGUGCCGCCUGACCUUCGGAUGAACUGCUAGGAGCAAUGACAUCAUGACACCGCUCUGUGUGCUUCAUCACCAAUUAUGUGUCACUUGCUGCAGUUUGGGACCUAAUGUAUUGAAUAUCACUCACUUUGAUCAAUCGGUUUACAUUUCUAAAUUAAUUUGCUGCCCAUGCGAUGAUAACCUCACUUUACUGCACGAAGGGUACAAGAGGUUGAGGGGAGCUGGGUCCUUCACGCUGCGAGGCUUUGGUCUGCAGUGCACCAAAAUCCUGCACAAAACGAAUAACCCAUGUUCCUAAUUAGGUAAAGAGUAGUAGGCUGCAUCUUUUCCCACCUCUUCAUCACCAUGUAACCCAACGUUAAGCUCAGUGGAUCAAAUAAAGGCUAAAAUAAUAAUUCUGGCUACAACAGUCAAAUCGUUUCUGACCAGUGGAAACAAAUUCUCACUCUGUUUCUUUUUCCUUUGGAUUAACUCUCCAAUAUGAUGCAGUUAGGAUGUAGUUGAAUGUGUGAUGUGUUCAAGGAGCCACGUCUUUGUGAAUGGUUUUAUUCUGUGAAGGCACCAUCACCAUUACUGUCAUGUUCUUGUGAAUCAAAAUCAUUCUGUAUAAGUCGAUGACUGUAUGUGCUAAUGUUGUGAUGUGCAAUGAUACUAUUUCUCCUUUCCUUUGUAAACUUACGGUGCCUGGUUAACACAAGGCCUAGAAUAACUUAUAGAUGGCCUGUUUGUUGAUUGUAUCCAAUAAACUCACUAAAAGUAAAAAAGUUUCCAACUGUCA